UAGUCAGAACGUGCAGAAUGAAGAACAUUUCUUGGAUUUCCAUUACGCCGCGCAGGUCAGCCUCUGGUUGCUAAAGCCGAUGGGCGCUUGGCCAUUGCAACAACAGCCUACCAUACUGGAGAUUAUCGUGUACAUCUUCUCGAUCGCCAUUACCACGUUCCUGCAGCUGUUCAUGAUCAUUCCCUGGUUUCUCAGCAUAAUUACCGCAAACUGGAGCUUCUACGACAUUAUCAGGACCGCGUGUCCGCUAAUAUUCGUGAAUACCAUUUUUCUGAGGUACCUACUGUUGCUGUUCCAUCGUGACGCGAUCAGGUCGUGCAUCAAUUGCGUCGCCGAGGACUGGCGUAACGUGGUGAUAGCUGAACACCGUGAGAUUAUGCUGACGAACGCCAAAUCGGGACGCUUCUUUGGUAUGGUUUCAGUAGCGUUCAUGUUCAGCAGCGGCCUACCUUACUGCGUCAUGCCUCUACUCCUGCCGUCCCCUGUUAACGAAGACAACGUGACGAUCAAAGUGUUCCCCAAUCCCUGCGAGCUGAUCUUUGUGGACGUCCAGGUCAGUCCGUUUUACGAGGUGGCGUACACAUUGGACGUUUUUGCAUGUUGCGUUUUUUAUACCAUAUUCUGCGGAAUUUGUAGUUUAACGGCCAAAUUCGUUAUGCACGCAUGCGGCCAAUGUGAGAUUUUGAUGGAUUUUUUCGAGAAACUGGUUGACGGGGAUGAUAAAAAUGAAAGUACCAUCAAUCAGAGGAUCAGUAACGUGGUAACACACCAUCUCCGAAUACUCAAAUUCGUCUCCGAUGUAGAUAAGGUGCUGAAUGAGAUAUGUUUAGCGGAAUUUCUAAACUCUUCGUGCAAUAUAUGUUUACUCGGGUAUUACGUUAUUGUGGAUUUAAGGAAUCAUGAACCAAUGAUACAGAUUUUCGUCUAUUUUGUCGCCUGUGUGUCAAUCACGUUUAACAUAUAUAUAUUCUGUUACAUCGGCGAGCAACUUGUAGAUCGAGCCCAGAAAAUAGGAACUACAUGUUAUAUGAUCGAAUGGUACCAGUUGCCAAACGAUAAAGCGCGCAGCAUGAUAUUUCCGAUUAUCAUGUCGAGUUAUCCGAUUGAGCUUACUGCCGGGAAAAUGCUGAAGAUGACCAUGAGCAGUUUUUCGAACAUCUUAAAAAUAUCGAUGACGUACUUUAAUUUACUCCGUGAGGUCUCCUCGCGAGAUGUGUAAAUAUGCAAUGUUCUCGACAUAAUUCGAGUUAAUUAAGAAAAAUAGCGUAAGACAUCGGGAAGAUGAUUGUUAUUUUUAGAAAAUAAUCGCAUAUGCGAGCGAUUUGUUGGAUAAAACAUACGAUGUAUAGUUCCUCUGAAGUACACGUAAGAUCGAGUAAUAACGCGAUGCACAAAGUUAUGUAAAAACUUUCACGUGCAGCAUGUUGUAGAGUUUUUCGAGAGAAAAUAUCAGAAAAAAGACAAGAG